AUGGGACAAUUGGUGGCCUUUCGUCUUGCUUGUUACAACUACGAGGGCAUCGAUGGAGUUAAGUAUGCACUAAGGCAAGGCUUACUAUUGUCAACAGAAGAAAUUUCUAUAAAAAUCAAUUUAAUUGCAUCACCAUUGUAUGUCAUAACUUGUACAUGUCUUGAUUCUGAUAUGGGUUUGAAUACCCUGAAUCGUGCUUGUGAACAAAUUAAAUGUGCAAUUGAACAAUACACUCAGGGAAUAUAUAAAAUAAAAAUGGAGCCAACAAUUGUUACGGAUGUAGAUGAGCAAAUAGCACCGACUGAACAAGAAGAAUCGGAUGAAAGCGAUGAAGAGAAUUUUGAAGAAAAUGACAUUAUACUAUACGACAGCGAUGAAGAGGAAAUAUAA